AUGACUGGUGGUGGUGAUGGUGGUUAUGGUGUGUGUGUGUGGUGGGGGGGUUCAGGCAAUUGUCUUGCCUGAGACAGAUUUUCUGAACAUUUGCCUAAAUUAAUAUUAUUAUUGUGAAUAUUAUUAUUGUUUAAAUAAUAACAAUAAUAAUGAUUUAUUUUGUUUUAUUAUUCGGCCUAUCAGUGUUUAUUAAUUUAUGAUGUGUAAGCAUUUUGUUAUGCAAAAUAUAUAAUUGGUUUCUUUACGCUGCAUUUUGAGGCAUUUUUUCAUCUCUGUAAUGUCCCCCUCACACACAUCUUUCUCUCUACUCAGUCCCCUUACCCGAUGAAAUAUGCAAAAUUGGUUUCUCUUCUUGUUUUACCCAAAUCACUAUCCCUUCCCAGCUGCGUAAUUAGUAGGCUUUAGUUUGAACUGAAACUAAAGCCUUAUUUGCAACUGAUUUGCAAAAGUAAAUCAGUUCAUUGACUAGAGGACUGCACUUCUCCCUCUUCUUUUGUGUUGUGUUUGAUGGGGUAGCCGUUUGUUGCCAUCAUCUCGGACAGAUGGUUCUGACAACGGAGUGUUGCUCUCUGCUCUCCUCAUAACGUAUUUUGUCAACCAUUAUUGCACUCGUCUGACUUACCAUCAAGGCCCGGUCGGGCGGAAACGGCAGUGUAAUUUUGGAAUCAAAUAAAAGGCACACGAAUUGAGAGGUGAGACGGCAGCAUGGGCGCGUAGUAAUUGUGUUAUGUGUCAGAUUCAGAAAUAGACUGCCUAGAAUUAAUGUAGACUACUGCAUGCGUCUAGAGGUGUUGCGUCUGCCUCGUGGCCUACUACGUCCCCACUCACUCACGGAAUUUUUGCUUUCAUUUCAUCUGAAGCCAAAUUAUUUAAUUGAAUAUAAACUUUUAAAUGAAGUUUCUCAUGUUGAAGCCAAUGAUGUGGACUCGACCUAUCCUGUCUUCUCCUUAGCCAUGAGUUAUCGCAAUGUACCCCCCCCCCCCCCCCCCUCCCCCUCUCCUGACCGACAGUAUUCUUAAAUAACACCUUACCUAUGAACUUGUCAUUUGUCUCUGAGAUGCACGGCCACAAUAAUACCACACUCUCUUGUCAACUCGGAUCCCCUCCUCUCGCUCUACCGUGGACUGUUUGUGCUGGUGACUUGGCCGGUGAACAGAAAAGCCACAGAGGCUAUUCCUCACCUGCAUGCAUCAUGUAGGCCUAGGGUAACUUGACCACAUGGGGAAAACGGGGAAAUUACAUAGAUAGAAAAUGCUGCCUCACUCCUCUGCCCCUCCAAUGAGUAACUCACAAAUGCCAUAUUAUAAUUUAUUUUUUUUACAAAUAUGAACAAAAAUUAACGCCCAGUUUACAUUUACAUUACAUUUACGUCAUUUAGCAGACGCUCUUAUCCAGAGCGACUUACAUGAGCAAUUAGGGUUAAGUGCCUUGCUCAAGGACACAUCGGCAGAUUGACCUAUUCACACUGAUUGUUCAAUUGAGUUUGAUGACUCUGAUUGUCCAAUUGAGUUUGUUAACUCAACGGGUAUUCUCUCACCUGUUGUUGAGUGGGGUAUCUAUUCUGUGGCCUCUGACUUGACAGUCAUCUCCGCUUUCACAAGAUCUGUUGUACCAGGGGAGGAGAUGAAAGGAGAGGAGAGGAGAAGGGGGAGAGGGGUUGAGAGGAGAGGAGGUGGGUCAUGUGGAGGUAUAAUCUGCUUUAAAGUGACAUGGCCAACUCUUCUUUUCCCUCCUUUACAUCAUUCUUUUCCCUAGCUGUCUUGCUUACUAUCACUCUGUUUAUCUCUGACUCAGAGAAGGAUGGAUAGUAGAUGAAGGAUAAAUCACAGCCAAAAAUCUGACACUCACUUCACAACUGUGAAAGUCCUUCCUUUGAAGAGGGAGAGAGUGGAUCCGCAAAUGCUGAAAUGGCUCCUAAUAUUCCACUGACACUGCAUAAUAUGGAGAAGGGGGGUGUGUGCGUGCGUGCGUGCAUGUGUGCGUGCGUGCGCAUAUGCAUGUGUACGGCAAAGUAAUUUCAGUGUGACGCCAAUGCAUUAUCCUUUUCAGUGUCUUUGUGUGCCAAAUGGGUAUCAAAUAGCAUUCACAAUAAUAUGACUAUAAUUUCAUCUUGCUUUCCCGUAAUGUCUUGUACAACAUCAUUACUACGUUAUUGUGGUGUUGUAACUGACAGCAAUGACAAUAGAGUUAUGUUGCCUUAACAUGUUGAGUAUUGUAUUCUGGUAUGAUUCACCAGACCCUUAACAGGAACAAUGGGCAUAUCCUCUCUUGCCUCUGAGAAUGUGUCUGUGUAUACUUGUGUGUAUGUUAUUGUGUGUGUGUGAGAGAUUUAUUGACCUGUGUGCAUGGGAUGCUAUGAAUCUUAGAGACGUGUGUGUGUGUCUGUGUGAAUGCAGAUGAGACAGAAAGAGCUGCAUUAUGCAUAGUGGUUCACCAUAGGCAAUAUCCCUGCCUCUGUGGCAUACAUAUUCAUACGCGAUUUUCAUACUGCCCGCAAAAGGGGGAAAGAAAACAUAGGAAAUGUGCAAAUGUGUCUGUGUGUGGAGGGAGGAGAUGCUUGAGUCAAAUGUGUUACAGCAGCAGAACAAGAGCAGGAGACAGAGUGAUGUUUUAGGGAACUCACCCAAAUCACAAUGACCUUCUUCAGUUGUAAUCAAUGCAUUCAGGCUUGAAGAAGGAAGGAAAAUAUGCUUCCGAAAUGGAUGAGUGUGCCUAGCUCCCUCCCUCCCUCGCUCCUCUCCUCCUCUCCCUUUCUGCCCAUGCCAGGGAAAAGGGCGGGCAGCCUGAGGGCAUGGAAGAACUGUGAGUUAGACAUUGGGUUAAAUGUCUCAGAAUAAAGAAAGGGAGAAUUUGGGUUAUUUCAGUCCUCUCUCCUCUCCUUAUUUCCACCAUUACUCCCUGUUGAAUGGGGUAAAGACUGGCCCCUUGCUCCAAUCCUCAAACCCCAAUGCUCCGCGUGGGGUGUCCCUAUGUCCCCUUUUCAUCCCAAGUCAAGCCCUUGCCUUUACCUCUGCCCCUAGGCAUGUCUUGACGGCUUCCUGGUGAAAGCAACAUUGUAUCAUCUCAUGUAGCCCUCUGGAAGGUUUGCUGGAUUUUCUGCCAUCUUGUUUACAUUCAUCCAUCUUUCAGGGGCUUGAUUUGGGAUUGGGUACUAGGCUUCUAUAUCCACUUGUAGGGUGGGGGGUUGUCUUUUUUUUCUUUGGUCUCUCUCUUCCUUCUACAGUUGUGCUGACAGACCCUGUCAGUCUGGCGGGACCUACCCCCUGGCUCUCUCUCUCCCCCAGACACCGACUGUGGGAUUAUAUUAUGGCCAUCUUUAUUUAGGCCUUUCUGCUGCGGGCCACAAUCUGUGCUUCAUGAUGGGAGUCCAGUCCAGCACUGUACCUACCUCUCUGUGUUGUACUGUGCCCAACUGACUGACCUGGAUUAACCAAUAGGACAGCAGCACAACAGCCGCCUCAUUACAUUUACAUUUUACAUUUAAGUAAUUUAGCAGACGCUCUUAUCCAGAGCGAUUUACAAAUUGAUCAUUCACAGUAGCCUGUUUGGUUCCUUCCCAUUUAGUUCAAUCUGGGAAUGCCUCCGAUUUGUUUUGAUGUCGCUCCGCAGCCGCCCUUUUUUUAUGACGUCACAGCAGGCGUUCGGUGUUGUUUAUUUCCGGAAAGUUAUUUCAUUUAGCUUUUAACAUUAAGAUUACAGCGAUGCUCAAUGAUGAUUCAAGGAUUCAUUUCUUAACCAUGUUGGGCUUUUUUUGUUGUUGUAAAAAGCUUUGGGCCAGUAACCGAAAGCUCGCUGGUUCGAAUCCUCGACCUGACUAGGUGAAAAAUCUGUCAAUGUGCUCUUGAGCAAGGCACUUAACCCUAAUUGCUCUGGAUAAGAGCGUCUGCUAAAUGACUAAAAUGUAAAUGUGACUGAAAAGCAAGUGUGGCCCUGUCCAUGGUGCUGAAAUGGUCUCUCUCUCAGAACAUGAGCAGAGAGUUGUGUUUUAUAUGGCACAUGAUACAGGAUAAAUUGCACUCAACCUAAAUUACACCUUUUAGACACAGAGGAACUGCUCCAUUUCGGAUAGGAGAGGGACCUCACAUACACACUCACACACACAUGCACGUAUGUGCACACAAGCACAUGUACACACUGACACACUGUCACCUCACCUCACAGCCCUCACACCCCACAUCACCGACCCCGACACACUUCCAGCAUAAAGCUUGACCUUAAAUACCACUCAGCCUUAACACUGACCUCCCCAACACACACGCACGCAUACACACACGCACACACACACACACACGCACGCACGCACGCACGCACACACGCAAACACACACACACACACACACACACACACACACACACACACACACACACACACACACACACACACACACACACACACACACACACACACACACACACACACACACACACACACACACACACACACACACACACACACAGUGACCCCCCUGUAGUACCCCUUAACCCUUUCUUGGCCCUGAUCUAACCCAACCACACACAUACACAUGCCAGGGGAGUGGGAAAGAGGUCCUCCACGGUGGUGCGAUUACCAGGGCGGAGAGACUGUGUGUGUGUGUUAAAUGUGAAAGGAGAUUAUAUGGAUUGAACUCUCUGCGUCUGGCAUACAAAUUCAAAUCACAUAACAUAUCCUGCCAUGUACUGGAGGACUAUAAUAGGAGAGAGAGAGAGAAGGGGUGAGAUGCAGGGUAGGAUGGAUUGAGAGUGUUGGGGAGAGAAAAAGAGGGAGAGAAGAAAGAUAUUCAGAGUGAGGAAGGGAGAGAAAAACGACGUUGAUGCAGAGAAGGAGAGGAGGAAGAGAAGGGGGAGAGGGAUGAAUGAAUGGAGAGAGAGAGAGAGAGGGGAGAGAGAGCCACCCUUACCUAGUGAGGGCUUCAUCCCUAUCUCACCCUUUCAAUACUCUGCCAUCACUUGUGUCAUGUUUUUCAUUCUGUUUGUGCUGUACCAAAGAUCACUUGGCUUAUGUUAGUUAAUAUUUACACUAUAUAUGCAAAAGUAUGUGGGCACCCCUUCAAAUUAGUGGAUUCGGCUAUUUCAGCCACACCUGUUGCUGACAGGUAUAUAAAAUCGAGCACACAGUCAUGCAAUCUCCAUAGACAAACAUUGGCAGUAGAAUGGCCUUACUGAAGAACUCAGUGACUUUUAACGUGGCACCGUCAUAGGAUGCCAACUUUCCAAAAAGUCAGUUCGUCAAAUUUCUGCCCUGCUAUAUAGCUGCCCCAGUCAACUGUAAGUGCUGUUAUUAUGAAGUGGAAACGUCUAGGAGCAACAACGGCUCAGCUGCGAAGUGGUAGGCCCCACAAGCUCACAGAACGGGACUGUAAAAAUUGUCUGUCCUCGGUUGCAACACUCACUAACAAGUUCCAAACUACCUCUGGAAGCAACGUCAGAACAAGAACUGUUAGUCGGGAGCUUCAUGAAAUGGGUUUCCAGGCCGAGCAGCCGCACACAAGCCUAAGAUCACCAUGCGCAAUGCCAAACUUCGGCUGGUGUAGUGUAAAGCUCGCCACCAUUGGACUCUGGAGCAGUGGAAACGCGUUCCCUGGAUUGUUGAAUCACGUUUCACCAUCCGGCAGUCUGACGGACGAAUCUGGGUUUGGUGGAUGGCAGGAGAAUGCUACCUGCCCGAAAGCAUAGUGCCAACUGUAAAGCUUGGUGGAGGAGGAAUAAUGGUCUGGGGUUGUUUUUCAUGGUUCGGGCUAGGCCCCUUAUUUCCAGUGAAUGGAAAUCUUAACAUUACAGCAUACAAUUACAUUCUGUGCUUCCAAUUUUGUGGCAACAGUUUGGGGAAGGCCCUGUCCUGUGUCAGCAUGACAAUGCCCCCAAGGUCCAUACAGAAAUGGUUUGUCGAGAUCAGAGUGGAAGAAAUUGACUGGCCUGCACAGAACCCUGACCUCAGCCCCAUCAAACACCUUUGGGAUGAAUUGGAAUGCUGGCUGUGAGCCAGGCCUAAUCGCCCAACAUCAGUGCCCGACCUCACUAACGCUCUUGUGGCUGAAUGGAAGCAAGUCCCCACAGCAAUAUUCCAACAUCUAGUGGAAAGCCUUCCCAGAAGAGUGGAGGCUGUUAUAGCAGCACUAUGCAAAGGGUGGACCAACUCCAUAUUAAUGCCCAUGAUUUUAGAAUGAGGUGUUUCGAUGAGCAGGUGUCCACAUACUUUUGGUCAUGUAGUGUGGGAUUUGAUGCUGUAUGCUGCGCUCCAUUCUAAGAGAACCACUCUCCAAACACAAUGAAGACAAACAAAAAACACUAACAAAAAAACGUCUGUAAAAAACAAAAAAACAAACGACAUCCAUAUUGGUGGGGGGUGAGCGUCCCAAAGCCUUGAACCUGCUCCUUUAAAAAACCACUGGCAGACACACACACAGCGGCACAAACAGUUGGCAGAGUGACCCCUGUGCCCUGUGCCAAGGUCACUGCUGGAGUGUGAGUCAUGUAGUGUAUAUAGAAAUGUCCAUAAAUAUAGUAGGCUUAACUGUUACAUUUCAAUUCAUCUAUUUCCAAUGAAGCAGUGAAAUUAAUUUGAUCUGAUCUAAAACAUUUGAAUUAUGACAAAAUAUUUAUUUAGCCCCUUAAAUUCUUUCCCCUCAUAGCUGUUUUAAUGAUUUUCCUAAUGCUAAUUUGGUUCGACAUCAAUGCACAGGGCUAGCUGUAGGUUAUCUGUUGUGCCUUAGAUCCCUCCUAAAUCUACCUUGAUGAGGCAUCUAGCCGCCACUUCCAUUCACUGCCAUUCGUCCCGGACCAUUCAGAGUGAAACAGAUAGGGCUAAUCCGGCCAUUGUUGACACAAACCAGGGAAGAGGAUUAAUUAUAUAUCAUUGACUCAGAAGAAAUUAUCUGGCUCUCAUUCCUCCUGUCUCCUGUUGGCCUGGGGCCAAGCUGAGCUCUCACCCCCCCCCCCCCAAAUCUAAAAAGAGGUCUAGCUGCUUCCCAGGAGACACUGCCAGGGGGGAUGUUUUAGGGAUGUAUCUCCCCUAAAACGAUUUAUGGGACAACAGCACUUAAUUUAAACAGCGUGUGAAAGCCAUAGUGUUUGCAAAGCAGCCCUCCCUCCAGGGUUGUGGUUGUAGGUAUACUAAAGGCAUAUCUCAGUGAUGAUAUAGACUUGAGAUGGGUUGAACUGGCAGACUAGGUAUUGUCCGAACAACCUCAUGGAUUCUUUGUUUCAUGGGCAUGGCAUAUCAACAUGGGGGAGGACGGGGUGUGGGGGUGCAUCACCCAUUUCCCUUCCAAUCAGAUGCCAGUUUAAUGAAGGGCUCUUGUUAGGCAUAUCUUAGACUACAGAUAUUAUGAUAAUGCAUUAAAGAGGAUGGAUCCCUGCUGUUUGACAGCCAGGUCGCUAGUUUCCAUUAAGGUGGAUCGGAGAGGCACACUUGAGACACACAAACACAAACACGUGUGUGCGAGUAACAUGUUACCUGAUCAAAGUCAAUGCCAGGUUGAUUUAAGCUAUUGUACAGACUAUUUGAGCUAUUGCCAAAUCAAGUAGACUGUGUUCAUCAGGCUAUAGCAGAGCUUCUAACUGUGGUUUGGCUUAGCUCCAGCUUAUCAUAACAGAGUUACAUGUAGCUGAAAAUAAAUUAUGCAUAUAUUACGUCACGUCAUUUGCCUAAUGGAGAAAUAGUAAUUGAUUCUAUUUUUGGGAUCUGCUGUGCUGACCUGAUGGAAAUCUCUAGAAGAUAACCCAGUUUGGAGAUUGGUAGGUGGCUGCCCACACAUUGGCUGUGUGUGUGUGUGUGUGUGUGUGUAUGUGUGUGUGGGAGGGUAUGGGUGUGUGUGUGUCCCAACCCCACCCUUUUUCUUCUACCCAUCACAGUGAGGAUGUGGUCUGGACACAGCUUUUCUUUGUGUGUGUGUAUUAUCCUGACCAUGUCUUUCUCUCCCAUCACAGUGAACAGUGAGGAUGUGGUCUCGACGCGGCUGUACUUUGUAAACGCCUCCCUGCAGCGGGUGACCUUCUCCAGCUCGGUUGGGGUGUCCCUGCCCUGCCCUGCGGGCGGCACACCCCAUGCCGUCCUGCGCUGGUACCUGGUCACCGGCGACGACAUCUACGACGUGCCCCACAUCCGCCACGUGCACGCCAACGGCACCCUCCAGCUCUACCCUUUCUCACCCUCUGCCUUCAACAGCUACAUCCAUGACAACGACUACUUCUGCACCGCAGAGAACCAGGCCGGCAAGAUCCGCAGCCCCAGCAUUCGCGUCAAAGCAGGUAAGACUCAGACUGAACACAGGCAGCCUCUUCUGGUGGAGCCUUAGACAGGACCAGACAUAGAGACACAGCUUCAUCUGUACAACCUAACUAAACACUGUUCUGGGGCCAAACAGCAACACAAUGUCUUCACAAAGAAUGAAAGGAGGAUGAGUAUAAGAGAAAGGUUUAGAAACAAACAGAAAAUGCAUAUAGAUAAGAAAUCAAAUACUUUCUGUACACUCAGCACCAUUCUAAGAGAACCACUAACAACAAAAACAUCUGUAACAAACGGUAAACCAAACGAUAUCCAUAUUGGUCCCCUCACUAACAAUAAGACUCAGUGGGGGGGUGAGCGUCCCAAAGCCUAGACCCUGCUCCUUUGAAAAGCCCCUGGCAGACACACACACAGCGGCACAGACAGUUGGCAGAAUGACCCCUGUGCCCUGUGCCAAGGUCACUGCUGGACUGUGGGCUGACCACACUGCAAUGGGGGAGAUCACACACACACACACACAUGCAGGCUAGGAUACACACACACACACACACACACACACACACACACACACACACACACACACACACACACACACACACACACACACACACACACACACACCAGCCUGUACCCUGCUUAUGCCAGCAGGCCUCCUGUCUCCCAGUCUCUCCAUCUGUCCAUGGACUGGAAAGGCCCCCAACUAAACACACACACACACCGUUUUUGUCAAGCUGGCUCUUCUGGGUAACUGUGCCAGGUCUUUGUCAGGGUGUUUACUGUAGCAGGAAAGGGAAUGAGUUUAAACAUGAGAGGGAUUGAACAGAGUUGCACGCAAUAAUAAAUAUUGUUGAUGUUUUAGUUCACCUUCAGCGACAUAUUCAAUGAACAAUCUAUAUCAUGAAAAUCGGAACAACCCCCUUAAAAUAUGUGUAAGAUCAAAUCAAACAAAUCCAGUAGCGAUUAAGUUGUUAACGGUCAGCUUACCAAAUUCAUGGCCAAAUUAAGAUGGUUACAGACUACCCCUCCUCCCUCCCCCCACCACACCCCUUAUGGCAUUUCUGUCCAGAGGACCCUCGUCCCAUCGGCUGUAGAGUGACCUUCCAACCAGUGUCUGUGUAGGGCGACCUUCCCCGGAAAAUAAUUACCCCAAUUAAUCAAUUAAAUGCUGAGUCUAUGAAAAACCACCAACCCCCACACCCAACUCUGCAGCACCUCAACUCCAGCCCUCAGGACUCGCCUGUGUAUUGCGCCACUACACACACACAAAUUCACACACACACACACACAUUCACAUACAGCGGUUGCCAUGGGCAACAGGCAGGGCGUGAGCGGCAGGGUGUGGCGCGUUCCGUCUCAGGUGUUGUCGGAGACUGAUGACAGCUGACAGUUCGCAGUGUGACACCCUCCCUCCCUCCCUCCCUCCCUCCAUCCCUUCAUCUCGCCACCCCCACCCAUCCCACCCCCCCCCCCCCCCCUCCCACGCAUGCUGAUUCUGUGCCAAUAAUAGCGCUGGUACCUGUGUGGAUCGCUGUACAUUUAUGAAAAUCGCUGUUUGUUUUCAUUCUCUUGUUUUGCUCUCCCUCUGUUAUUGUCAAAGUCCUGACCCUAUAUUUCUUGUUAAAGCCAUUCUUUCACAUAUUUUCUUAAUCGACAUUUGACGGACAUUCUGUGCUCUAAUGAUAUUGAAGCUGUUUCCAUUGGCUCUCAUAGGAGGCCUUCCCUUCCAUCUCUAGUCAUGUAGCCCUAUUCUGCUUUCCAAUGUCCUCUCUUUUAUUGUCAACAUUUGUUCCUCUUCUGCUUUCCAUUCUACUCCCUUCCCCUCCAUUGUCCUCUCCUCACCCCAUUCAAAGUGAAUAUACAGUUGUGGUCAAAAGUUUUGAGAAUGACACAAAUACUAAUUUUCACAAAGUCUGCUGCCUCAGUUUUGAUGAUGGCAAUUUGCAUAUACUCCAGAAUUUCAUGAAGAGUGAUUAGAUGAAUUGCAAUUAAUUGCAAAGUCCCUCUUUUCCAUGAAAUUGAACUUAAUCCCCAAAAAACAUUUCCACUGCAUUUCAGCCCUGCCACAAAAGGACCAGCUGCCAUCAUGUCAGUGAUUCUCUCGUUAACACAGGUGAGAGUGUUGACGAGGACAAGGCUGGAGAUCACUAUGUCAUGCUGAUUGAGUUAGAAUAACAGACUGGAAGCUUUAAAAGGGGGGUGGCGCUUGAAAUCAUUGUUCUUCCUCUGUUAACCAUGGUUACCUGUAAGGAAACACGUGCCAUCAUCAUUGCUUUGCACAAAAAGGGCUUCACAGGCAAGGAUAUUGCACCUAAAUCAACCAUUUAUCGGAUCAUCAAGAACUUCAAGGAGAGAGGUUAAAUUGUUGUGAAGAAGGCGUCAAAGCGCCCAAGAAAGUCCAGCAAGUGCCAGGACCGUCUCCUAAAGUUGAUUCAGCUGCGGGAUCGGGGCACCACCAGUGCAGAGAUUGCUCAGGAAUGGCAGCAGGCAGGUGUGAGUGCAUCUGCACGCACAGUGAGGCGAAUACUUUUGGAGGAUGGCCUGGUGUCAAGAAGGGCAGCAAAGAAGCCAUUUCUCUCCAGGAAAAACAUCAGGGACAGACUGAUAUUCUGCAAAAUCUACAGUGAUUGGACUGCUGAGGACUGGGGUAAAGUCAUUUUCUCUGAUUCUCUAAAGUCAUCCCCUUUCCCGCUACCAUCAGUCCUGUGUCAUGCCAACAGUAAAGUAUCCUGAGACUAUUCAUGUGUGGGGUUGCUUCUCAGCCAAGGGAGUGGGCUCACUCACAUUUUUGCCUAAGAACACAGCCAUGAAUAAAGAAUGGUACCAACACAUCCUCCGAGAGCAACUUCUCCCAACCAUCCAAGAACAGUUUGGUGACGAACAAUGCCUUUUCCAGCAUGAUGGAGCACCUUGACAUAAGGCAAAAGUGAUAACUAAGUGGCUCAGGGAACAAAACAUCGACAUUUUGGGUCCAUGGCCAGGAAACUCCCCAGACCUUAAUCCCAUUGAGAACUUGUGGUCGAUCCUCAAGAGACGGGUGGACAAACAAAAACCCACAAAUUCUGACAAACUCCAAACAUUGAUUAUGCAAGAAUGGGCUGCCAUCAGUCAGGAUGUGGCCCAGAAGUUAAUUGACAGCAUGCCAGGGUGGAUUGCAGAGGUCUUGAAAAAGAAGGGUCAACACUGCAAAUAUUGACUCUUUGCAUAAACGUAAUGUAAUUGUCAAUAUAAGCCUUUGACACUUAUGGAAUGCUUGUAAUUAUACUUCAGUAUACCAUAGUAACAUCUGACAAAAACAUCUCAUAACACUGAAGCAGCGAACUUUGUGAAGACCAAUACUUGUGUCAUUCUCAAAACUUUUGACCACGACUGUACACGCUGAAUAACAUAACAAAACGUCAAAACUAGGUUUAGCCAUCAUAUAGCUACCUGGGGCGGCAGGUAGCUUAGUGGUUAAGAGCGUUGUGCCAGUAACUGAAAGGUCGCUGGUUCUAAUCCCCGAGCUGACUAGGUGAAAAAUCUGUCUAUGUGUCCUUGAUCAAGGCACUUAACCCUGAUUGCUCCUGUAAGUCGCUCUGGAUAAGAGCAUCUGCUAAAUUGUAAAUGACAGUUAACAUUGAUAAGUGUCAUUAACCAGGUUUCCAUCCAACCUUUUUAAGUAAUGAUCUGAUGGAAACAGCAAAUGUUGACAAAACAAAAUACGCUAGACAAGGUGGCAUAUUUUUGUUUCGGUUAAAUUAAUAAUGAGAGAAAUGGUGGUGGAAAAGUUUUUAUGUGCAAAUAUUGAUAUAAUAACAAUCAUAUCGAAGUAAACUUGGAGUCACGCGAUGACAUAUGUGGUUCUCCCAUUAUGACUCGGGAAAGCAUGCAGUUUAUUACUAGUGAUGAGCUUAUUCUGGUGACAUGAUGAUAGAUGCUUGGCUGCCUUUUGACAAAUUAAAAUAAUCUUGCUCUUUUGUCCAUAAUAAUCUCAUUAUGUAGGCUGUACCCACACUGUAUCUGCGACUGUUGGCUAGAGCGCUUGUGCCAAUACCGGAGUGGGCACAUUCGCUAAACAACGCAACAUUUUUUUGUGACUAAUCCAUCAGUAGAGAUGAAAAUGCGAUGGAAACCCAUUUAAACCUCUGAAUAUCUAAGCCUUAGGAGCCCUGUAUGUACAGUACCAGUAAAAUAAUUUGAUACACCUACUCAUUCAAGGGUUUUUCUUAUUUUUUACUAUUUUCUACAUUGUAGAAUAAUAGUGAAGACAUCAAAACUAUGAAAUAACACAUAUGGAAUCAUGUAGUAACCAAAAAAGUGUUUUUUAAAAUAUAUUUUAUAUUUGAGAUUCUUCAAAGUAGCCAACCUUUGCCUUGAUGACAGCUUUGCACACUCUUGGCAUUCUCUCAACCAACCUCAUGAGGUAAUCACCUGGAAAGCAUUUUAAUUAACAAGUGUGCCUUGUUAAAAGUUAAUUUGUGGAAUGUCUUUCCUUCUUAAUGCAUUUGAGCCAAUCAGUUGUGUUUUGACAAGGUAGGGGUGGUAUGCAGAUGAUAGCCCUAUUUGGUAAAAUACCAAGUCCAUAUUAUGGCAAGAACAGCUCAAAUAAGCAAAGAGAAACGACAGUCCAUCAUUACUUUAAGACAUGAAGGUCAGUCAAUCCGGAACAUUUCAAGAACUUUUAAAGUUUCUUCAAGUGCAGUCGCAAAAACCAUCAAGCGCUAUGAUGAAACUGGCUCUCAUGAGGAUCGCCACAGGAAAGGAAGACCCAGCGUUACCUCUGCUGCAGAGGAUAAGUUCAUUAGAGUUAACUGCACCUCAGAUUGCAGCCCAAAUAAAUGCUUCACAGAGUUCAAGUAACAGACACAUCUCAACAUCAACUGUUCAGAGGAGAUUAUGUGAAUCAGGCCUUCAUGGUCGAAUUGCUGCAAAGAAACCACUACUAAAGGACACCAAAAAGAAGAAGAUAAUUGCUUGGGCCAAGAAACACAAGCAAUGCACAUUAGACCGGUGGAAAUGUGUCCUUUGGUCUGAUGAUUCCAAAUAUGAGAUUUUUGGUUCCAACCGCCGUGUCUUUGUGAGACGCAGAGUAGGUGAAUAGAUGAUCUCCGCAUAUGUGGUUCCCACCGUGAAGCAUGGAGGAGGAGGUGUGAUGGUGUGGGGGUGCUUUGCUGGUGACACUCUCAGUGAUUGUGCAUAUGUGGGAACUCCUUCAAGACUGUUGGAAAAGCAUUCCAGGUGAAGCUGGUAGAGAGAAUGCCAAGAGUGUGCAAAGCUGUCAUCAAGGCAAAGGGUGGCUACUUCGAAGAAUCUAAAAUCUAAAAUAUAUUUUGAUUUGUUUAACACUUUUUUGGUUACUACAUGAUUCCAUAUGUGUUAUUUCAUAGUUUUGAUGUCUUCACUAUUAUUCUACAAUGUAGAAAAUAGCAAAAAUAAAGAAAAAUCCUGAAUGAGUAGGUGUGUCCAAACUUUUGACUGAUACUGUAUAUAUUUGAUAGAAUAUUGAAUUUGGCCCAAAGAAAUGCAUUCAUAAAUGGCAAAAAAUUAAGUUGUUCAAAUAUUCAUAAGGAAUAAGGUUUUGAAGUGUCUGUCCUGUAUCUAGGAGCUAUGAGAAAGCUCAGGAUAUAUUGUUGUAUUUUGGACACAUAUUUAACCCUUUUUUUUUGUUGGCACAAAACCACCUCCUUACUUCCAUUCAUUUGUAUGGGUUACCUUCAGACGAGUCCCGUGACACUUGUGGGAGUCAUAGAUCAAAACGGAAAACACCAUAGUGUCCGUGAGAGUCUCCCCUUUCCAUAGUGGGGUCAUAUUAGUAGCCCAAAUUGUGCGGACGGUACAGACGUUUUCUUGAGAAGAUCGAUUUUCGGGAUGUCUCCUGGUCUGACAAACAGCGCUGUAGCUUUGCCACUUUCCACCGCAGAUGCAGAGGGCCAACAUAGGUGGAUGUGGUGGGUUGAGACGCAGCCCAUGCAUAUCUCUACCUUAAACUGACGGAUUUUGAUGAGGAUUAUUUUAUUAUGUUAAUUUGAUUGACUCUUAAGGACCAUUUAACUUGUAUUUUCUUUUUCAGUACAUGGGAAUUUAACCUUAAAAGUUAUUUUUAUGUACACUAUGUCAUCAGGUACAGACGUUUAUCAGCAACAGGUCCAUUUGAUCUAAACACAUCUCUGGUGGAAUUUUUUUUUUGAAUAUUCGCAUGAAAAUCGGUUCAAAUUAGAUGGAAAUCUAGCUAUUGGCUGUGAUGCUAUACUAAGUAGAUAUUGGACCCAGACUGUGUUUCUGACCUCAUCUCAAAACACAGUCUGAAUGAAUUACAGUUGAGAGCACCACUCUUGAGACCUAGCUUAUCCUUUCACCUAUCAGUGGCCAUCAGGGGAGAGAGACAAGAUAAUGCAAGCCAUUCCCCUGCGGAGACAAAGACCGAAAAGAAAGGAAAAAAAGAAAGUCAGUCAACAGAAUUGGGACAUAGCCACUUCUGUAGAGCAGCCAAUCAUUUCGGAGUGCUUUGCAUGCAGCCCGUCUGGUCCCACUGCCUGGCUGCAGUUUGGAGCCUAUUCUUAUUCAAGCUCUGGUAAUGCUGACUUCCUGCCUGUGUGCUCAUUGAGAUCACGUGAUGAUGGAGCGCAUCUCAUUUGGGCUCUGGCUGCCUGCUCAGCGCUCCUCACACCUGUCAAAUGCCUGCUCUCCUCUCCCACACACAUGCAUGCACGCAGUACGCACACACACAGCAGAGACGACUGGUGGCGGGGAGAGUUUAUUGCAGGACUUUUUAUUUAUUUUUGCCUGACAGUCUGAGUAAGCGUCAAUGUCUGGUUUCUCAUUGGACCAGAGAGGCUAUACUCCAUAAAAACAAUAAAUACAUACAUAAUGCAAGAAAUACAUGCAUACAAAAAAUACGGAAUUAGCCAUUCCACUCUGAUGGUCUCUGUGACCUUUGCCAAGGUCACAUGACUAUUUCAAGGGGAUAUAGUGUAAUCAAUGCUAGGCCUAUGUCUAUGUCCUAUGUCCUACUCCUUUGUCACACAGAGCUAGAGUUACACACACAGGUGAGAUCUAGAGUGAACUGGGAUCAGCUGUUCAGUGAGCUCACCUCAGCUCCCCUUUCUAUCAACACAAACCCACAGAGUUUAGACUGAGCACAGUCCACUGCUGCCCUGUACUCUCCCGGCCUGGCCGCCCUCCUUUUUAUCUCUGGCUUUAUAGGUCUUCUGCCACAGACAGAACCUGAUAGCCAGGUAUUGUUUACUCCCAUUCAUUCAUUAACGUGUACAAUACAGUACAUCCAUUCAGUUGCCCCCUUUAUUUGAUUAUUUAUUAUUAAUUUUUUUGCUGCUCGCUUUAUGAAUAAGUAAAUAGUGUAUUUGGUUUCCCUGUAGUUAAUUAUUUAGACAGCAGUGAUACAGGCCUCUUCUCCCAGUGCGCCGAGAGCGCCAGACCCGUGUUUUAG